AUCCGCACCAAUGAACCGAGUUUUAUCAACACCUCGCUUGAUAGUUGUCAUGGUAACGUUUACCCGCUCCCUGACUUCAGCAUCCUUGAACGUUAGCAACACUGACAAUCAGGUAUGAAAUAAUAUAAUAGAAAUAGUUAAGCGUGCAACAUGCAUGAGCUAUAAUGUACUUAAAAUUUGAAUGCACUCAGGGCACGGCCGAAAAAAGUCAAUCUUCCUAAAUAGUCUUUUUUUCAGUUUUAAGCGACGGUAUUUGGACAACAUAUUUGAGCAUUCGCAAACUUCAAAAGAAGUAUUUUUACAUUCGUACACUUAAUUUACAGUAAAUUGUAGAAAUAAAAUCAGAAUGGACGUUGCUAAAGACGGAAAACUAGGACUGAACCAUUCGUUCAUCACGGGGGUGUCCAAUGUAUUCCCGGUUUGCCUAAAUCUUUUACGACGUUAUAGAGGCAAUAUAAAACGUUCAAUGUCAUCGCUAUACACAAGACGCUGUCUGGGUACACGCUUAAAUAUGAAUAAUUUGUAUUUCCCAAUGGUUUGGUUUACUUUCAUUUUCAUGACCCACGCUUAUUAAAUGGUAUGUUUCAACUGCUUCCAGUUCUCUUUAGUGUUUGCCAAUGUUGGAGGUGUAACUGGGGUCUGGCCCUGAACAAAGGAAUAGAGCAUGGCUCAAGUAAAAGUACAGACCUCAGCACCCCAGGCUGGCCCCGGCCUCUCCUCCGGAAGUCCUCUGGCGGCCAUGGCCAGCCCAGGAUCCCUGGGUCUGCAACCCUCUGUCAACGGCACAGGCCCGUCCCCCACACCCGCCUGCCCCGCUCCUGCAGCUGGCUAUGGGGACGCACCUGUGUCUGCCACACCGCCAGGUUCACCCGAGGAGAACAUGGCAAACCCUAAAGAGAAAACUCCAAUGUGUUUGGUGAAUGAGUUAGCCCGUUUCAAUCGGAUCCAGCCGCAGUACAAGCUCCUCAAUGAGAGGGGCCCUGCACACGCUAAGAUCUUCACAGUGCAGUUGACUCUUGGGGAGCAGGUCUGGGAGGCCGAGGGCUCCAGCAUUAAAAAGGCCCAGCAUUCCACAGCCUCCAAAGCUCUGGAAGAGAGUGUCCUUCCCAGGCCGAUGCCCCGCUCACCUAAGGUGGACAUUAACAGCAAUCCAGGCAGUAUAACACCCACAGUGGAACUCAACGGUUUGGCUAUGAAGAGAGGCGAGCCGGCUAUCUACAGGCCUUUAGAUCCCAAGCCCAUGCCCAACUACAGAGCUUGCUACAACUUCAGAGGCAUGUUUAACCAAAGGUACCAUUAUCCCAUUCCCAAGAUCUUCUACGUCCAGCUCUCUGUGGGGAGUCACGAGUUUAUCGGGGAGGGGCGCACUCGCCAAGCUGCCAGACACAACGCUGCCAUGAAGGCCCUUCAAGCACUCCGCAAUGAGCCCAUCCCGGAACGACCACCGCAGGACCCAGAAGAAAAGGUGGAAAGUGAGGAAGGCGCUGACGCCAGCAAGUCCGAGAUCAGCCUGGUCUAUGAAAUUGCCCUGAAGAGGAACUUGAAUGUCAACUUUGAGGUGUUGAAGGAGAGUGGACCCCCGCACAUGAAAAGCUUCCUGACCCGCGUCACCGUUGGAGAAUUCUCAGCUGAGGGCGAGGGCAACAGCAAAAAGCUGUCCAAGAAGCGUGCCGCUCUGUCCGUUCUGCAGGACCUCAAGAAGUUGCCCUUCAUUCCGGUUGUGGAGAAACCCAAAACACACUACAAGAAACGCACCAAGACCAUCCUCAAGACGGGACCGGACUAUGGCCAGGGCAUGAACCCGAUCAGCCGCCUGGCCCAGAUCCAGCAGGCCAAGAAGGAGAAAGAGCCGGAGUAUUUGCUGCUUUCGGAGAGGGGGAUGCCCCGACGCCGGGAAUUUAUCAUGCAGGUGAAGGUAAACAACGAUGUUGCCUCGGGAACAGGGCCGAACAAAAAGGUGGCUAAACGGAAUGCUGCUGAGGCAAUGCUGCUGCAGCUGGGAUACAAAGCCUCGACAGUUUCCCAAAAUCCUACAGAGAUGGACAACAAAGCCUGGAGUGGACAAAAGGCAUCUUUUACCGAAGCAACGAGUAACACCCAGAAAGGUCUCCUCCACCUCAGUCCUGAUGUCUACCAGGAGAUGGAAGCCAGCAGAAAGCAGGGAGGCGCUUCCCCGGGCCCCAACGGCAGCAGUGGCGGCCCUAUGAACUACAUGGCCUCCAAAGACACGGGUCCCUGCGCCACCCCGCUCCCCCCAGGCCACGCUCCUCCAUACUUCAGCGCUCCGUCUCCCGCUCCAGGCCCGACGGCCACCAUGGCCCGGGAGCUGCUGCUCAACGGCCAGUCGUCCCCCGUGGCAGACUCCGCGCUGCCAGGAAAGGCGAAAAGUCCCCCCUUGGCCUGCGGCGUCUCGGUGCAACCUGCUCAGCAGCUGGAGUACCUGGCUCGCAUCCAGGGCUUCCAGGUGCAGUACAGUGAUGCGCAGGGCGGCAAGGACUUUGUGACCUAUCUGACCCUCUCUCCUGUGCAAAUGACUUUCCACGGCACCGGGAGCACCCUCCAAGCUAGCCAUGAUCAGGCUGCUCUAAGUGCCUUGAAACAGCUGUCCGAGCAGGGACUGGACCCGGUGGAUGGCCCCGUCAAGAGCACCGAAGCCUGCGGGAGGGAGGACGGACAUUAAACAGACUAACUCAGGCACCACCACUCAGGUCUGCACGGAUUCAAAGGCUGUCGUCCAGGAGCUGACAUCCCCUUUCUCCCCCUCUCUCUCUCUUUCUCGGCCGCCUGGCCCCUCACCACCCCCUGCCUGAGCCCAAAAUGUAACUAAUCCCCUCCUCACACACACACACACACCAAACCCAGCCAACCUUUAGAGUUACCCCACGAUGGCCACUGUAUCCUGCAUAACCUGUCAACAUGCAAUAGGGUGGAUGUGCACCAUGAAGCGAGCGACUAAAAGCAGUCUAUGUGAAGACAACACUAUCUCCACACAUUUGUGACAAGUUGAGUCUUGGUUUAAAAAAAAAAAAAAGAAGAAGAAGAAGAAGAAAAAGAAAACAAAUCAACAAGCGAUAUGCAUGGUCCUGUAUUAAUUGAAGGCAAGUCCAACACAUUUCCCACAAGAUUCAUGUUUGUUGGUAUGGUUAACGCAAAUAUGUACAUCAUGCAAUUGAAAUACAAAAGAAACAUUUUAGAUGAGCGAAACCAACUUGUAGCUUAUUUGUUUUCAGGGGUAUUAUGUUUCUUUCUUUUAUUCUGUUCUUUUCUUCAUCUAACAAUGCUUGAGUACUGUAUUUAAGAUUAACCAAUGCCAGUGCUGUGAAAGUUCUAGUCGUUGUCUUCAUAUAUAGUCACCUAGCUUACCUUGUAUGCUGACUUAAAAAAAAAAAAA